AUGAAGGCUCUCUCACUUCCCCACCUCCCUAUCCUGGGGCUGCUGGUGUGGGUCGAAUUGCUGUGUCUGGACGAAGCCAUCUAUGAGAAGAUCCAGGAUGUUGUCAGCUCCCUGAGCUUCGCUGUCACCCGCUGCAGGUGUGAUUCUGUCGUCUGUGGCUAUUGGGAGGUGCGUCCCGAGACCACCUGCCGCUGCCAGGAGGCGCGCGGGCGUGGGGCGCGGCUGGACAGGAGCGCGCUGCUGGGCGUGCGGCUGCUUCCUGAGGUCACUCGGGCGGGGGGCGUGUCCAGGCCUCUUGGGGCGAGUACCUCCAGCAGCUCCCGCGUCAGCGUGGACCCCUGA